AUCGGGGUUAGUUAGUUGGUUAGUUCAGUUGGUUGAACUAGUUAAAACUCCCAGCGGGAAUUAUUAUUAACUAAUUUAACUAGUUAUUGCAUUGGUACGACUUGACUAUUUCUCUCCUAUAGCUGGCUGUUUCGACAACUAACUACACGUUCAUUCGUUUCAAGGCAUUCUUUUAGAAUACACGAGAGGGUUAUCUUUAUUUCAUUUAUAUACAGAACUAUCCUAAACUCGAUCCUCAAAUCAUCACCACUCACCAUGACACCCCCCAAACCACCUCUCAAGAUCCUCAUGCUCCACGGCUACACCCAAUCCGGGACAUUAUUCUACAACAAAACCCGCGCUCUCACCAAACAUCUCCAGAAAUCCUUCCCCUUACACGACGUCUCCUUCUCCUACCCCACUGGUCCUCGCCGUCUCAACCCCGACGACAUCCCCGGCUACGACAGCACCAACAACAACAACGACCAGAACCAAGAGCAAGAGCAAGACAAACCCGAAGCGUACAGCUGGUGGCGGAUCUCGCGGGCCUCCAAUCCACCCGAAUACAUCGGUCUAGAAAACGGCCUAGAGACUGUCGCCAAAGUGCUUCGGACAGAAGGGCCGUUUGAUGGCGUGAUUGGCUUUUCGCAAGGCGCAGCUUUAGCUGCCAUGGUGGCGAGUCUGCUGGAACCCGGGAGAAAAGAGGCAUUUGAGUAUUUUACUGAUGCGAAGAUCGCGUCUGAUGGGUUGGGGUUACAGGAGAAUGUGGCUGGGAUUCCGUUUCCAGAGUCCUUUGUGUCGGAGAACGUGUCGCAUCCGCCGUUGAAGUUUGCGCUGUGUUAUAGUGGGUUUCGCGCGCCGGGGCCGAGGUAUCGUGGGUUUUAUGAACGUCCGGCUAUUCAGACGCCGGUGUUGCAUGUGUUGGGUUCGUUGGAUAGUGUCGUGGAUGAGGGUCGGAGUAGGUCGCUGAUCGAGGCGUGUGCGGGAGAGCCGGAGAAGGAAGGGAAGGUUGUUUGGCAUCCUGGUGGUCAUUUUCUGCCGAGUCAGAGGACGUAUCUGGACGCCGCGGUGUUGUUUAUUCGGAAGUCUCUGGAGGGACAGACGGAGAAGGGCCCGCAGGCGGAGGAGAGGGUCGAGGAUAUGGAUGUUCCCUUUUAGUAUCCAUCCAUAACUACUGUUUGUUACGGUUACGGGGUGAUGCUUAGAUGGCACACCAUACAGAAUCGAAUAGACAUUGGAAUUCAUCAUAAAAUUUGUCG